GUGGGUGAAAGAAAGGAGUGUGGAUGAAUGGUGGCCUCAUCCACUUUCAUCCUUCUCUAAUCCCCCUCGAUCCUCCUCAGGGUCACUCACAACUUAGUCUCCUUCCUGGGACUCUACGCUGCGUUUAAUUGUGCGGCUGCUCACCAAUAAAUUCAUAUUAUGAUCAAUUCAACCUUUCUGUGCUCCAAAGAUCAAACAAAACAUGGACUCAUCGCUCUAGAUUAGCUUGGUGGGAAAGGCUAAACUAGACACCUCCUCUGGGCAUGACCACUGCACGUGGCUCCGUCCGGCUCUGGGAGUCAGCGGACACCACCAAUGUUGAGAUGGACCAGCAAAGUGAAGAGGAUAUAGUGGAACCUGGUGGAUCUUCUCACCCUCUGCAGAACAUGAACAACAACAACAAUGAAGAGAAAGAGAAGGAGGAAGAGGAGAGCAAAGAAACAGAGGAGGAGGCUAAGGAGAAGGAGGAAACGGAGAACAAAGAAAAAGAGGAGAAGGAGGCAAAGGAAAAAGAGGAGCUAGAGAAAAAAGAAAAAGAGGACAAGGAGGCCAAAGAAAAAGAGGAACAAGAGAAAAAAGAAAAAGAGAAGAAAGAGAAAGAAAAGCCCAAAGAGCUCUUCGUAAUAAACCCGGCUGGUGCUCUGUACUAUAACUGGCUGUUCAUCAUCACUCUGCCCGUCAUGUACAACUGGACCACUAUCAUAGCCAGGGCCUCUUUUGAGGAGCUGCAACAUAACUUCUUCAAAUAUUGGGUUGUUUUGGAUUACACCUCAGACUUCAUCUACCUUUUGGAUAUGGCCUUCAGAACCAGAACAGGUUACCUGGAGCAGGGACUGAUGAUAAAAGAUAAGAAGCUAUUGAUGGAACACUACACCACUAGCUUUCAGUUCCGUCUGGACGUGGUCUCCAUGCUGCCCACGGACGUCAUGUACCUGUACUUCGGCCUGGACUACCCUGAGAUCCGCCUCAACAAGCUGCUGAGGAUCAGCCGCAUGAUGGAGUUCUUUACAAAGACAGAGACCAAGACAAACUACCCCAACAUCUUCCGCAUUGGCAACCUCAUCUUGUACAUCGUCAUCAUCAUCCACUGGAACGCGUGUUUUUUCUUCUCCUUCUCCAAGUACAUUGGCUUUGGUGCAGACGACUGGGUCUACCCGGCCUUGGAUGACCCUGAGCAGCCUGCCUUUGGACAGGGCAUGAGGAAGUAUUCCUUCAGCCUGUACUGGUCCACUCUGACACUAACCACCAUCGGAGAGACCCCACCUCCAGCUCUGGACUCUGAGUUCUUCUUUCACGUGGUGGACUUCCUCGUUGGCGUCCUGAUUUUUGCCACCAUUGUGGGUAACAUCGCCACCAUGAUCUCCAACAUGAACGCCGCCCAGGCCCAGUUUCAGUCCCGCAUUGACAACAUAAAGCAGUACAUGCAGGUGCGAAAAGUCAGCAAGGAUCUGGAAGACCGGGUUAUUAAAUGGUUUGAUUACCUUUGGAACAACGGCAAGGCCCAGGACGAAAGGGAGGUGCUGAGGUAUCUCCCGGACAAACUGAAAGCUGAGCUCGCCAUCCAAGUCCAUAUGGACACCCUGAAGAAGGUCCGUAUCUUUGCGGACUGCGAGGCAGGUCUGCUGAUCGAGCUUGUGCUGAAACUCCGACCACAGGUGUUCAGCCCGAAUGACUACAUCUGCAAGAAAGGCGACAUCGGCCGCGAGAUGUACAUCAUCAAGGACGGCCAGCUCGCCGUGGUGGCCGAUGAUGGGGUGAAACAGUUCUGUGUCCUAGGCAGCGGCAGUUACUUUGGCGAGAUCAGCAUCCUCAACAUCAAAGGCAGCAAGGCGGGUAACCGACGCACGGCCAACAUCCGGAGCAUCGGGUACUCUGACCUCUUCUGCCUGUCCAAGGAUGACCUGAUGGAGUCCCUCACAGAGUACCCCGAUGCCAAGGGAAUGCUGGAGGAGAAGGGCAAGCUGAUCCUGAUGAAGGACAAUCUCAUAGACCUGGACCCGGCAAACAUCAAGCCGGAGGUAAAGGAGCUGGAGGAGAAGGUCAACCGCCUGUACAGCAUCAUGGAUUUGAUGCAGAUCAAGUUGAAGAAGGUCCUUGUCAAACACAAGAGCGCAGAUGUGGCUUUGAAACAGCAAAUCCGGGAGUUGGAGAUCCUGUCAGGAGAAGAGGUGAUGGACGAGGAGGAUGGAGAACAGGAAGUGACCGCGGGAGAAACGGUGGCAGGAGAGGAGAAGAAAGAAGAAAAGGUGGAAGAGGAAGAGAUGAAAGAAGGUGAUGAACAGGACGCAGACACCAAGGAGGAUGUGAAGAAAGAUGUGGAUAAGGAUGGUGAAUGACCAAGACGUAGAUGUAAAUAAUGAAAGAGGCUACUAAUGAAGUCGAAAAAAGAAGACAUUGGUUUACAGGAAGCGAGUCAAACCAUGGAUCAUCCACAUGAAGAUCUGAUCUGGUUAUUAGUGACAGCCACAUUAUUGAAGAAUUUUUUGUUGUCUUUCGUCAUCUAUUUCUAACUUGCUUUUGACCAAAUGAAUAUAAUCCAAAUCAAAAUUUGCGGGGAGCCAAAGAAAAUGCCUAUAAAUAAAAAAAAUGAUAAAAUAGGAUUAUGAUUGUUUCAUAAUUGUAGUACUGUACUUUUAAUUUACAUGUUUUUGUUGUGACUUCCAUAUUUUAGAAACAGUGUUUUACCAAUGUCCCUUCUAGAUUACUGAUUAGUCGUUCGCGACCGAAUCAGUUUGAAUGAACAAAUCUUUAACUAGAACAUACCAAACUGAUUCUUCUCUCCUCCCAGAACCACUAGUCACUUACUUGGUGACUCACUGUUCGUUCACUGACUGUGAGAGGUGAAGAAGGAAGAGGCUUAUUGAGCGACUAACGAUAAUACGAUUCAAUAUCAGUGAAAUGGUAAAUGCAUGCUGUCUUUGUAUUUUCUGUGUCACGCCAGAUUAAUCAAAUAUUUGAAUGUCUCGUCAAUCUGUCUCGUUCUUUCAUGGUUCGUUAUCCACCCGGCCCGGGACCCCCACCAUCAUUGUUAAAUCAAGUCUAUUAUCUUGCUGAUAUGUUAAACAUCCAAUAAUCAACUACGGCCCCCCACCCCAGCGUUUGGUUAAAGUUGUAAUGUUGUGUUGAUUGAUGACCGACUUCCACAAUCGUUUGAGAAUAAGAACGAGGGAGGAGCUGAGUCUGACUGACUCAGCUGAGAACCGUGCAUUCCA